AUGGCUUGUCACAGAGAUGAAGAUGACUACGAACCAGACCAAGCUCUAGAUGGGGAUGAAGAAGAGGAACAUGAGGAGGAGCAGGGAGGACAAAGAUCCAAACAGAAGCGGAGGAGAUCGGAUUUCAUAGACGACGAUGAGGCUUAUGAUGGUGGUGUGAGUCGUAAGCGGAGGAAUAAGAGGCCUAUUGGGUCAAAGUUUCUUGAUAUCGAGGCUGAGGUCGAUAACGAUAAGGAGGAGGAAGAGGAAGAUGAGGGCGAGGACGACUUCAUUGUUGAUACUGGAACUGAUCUCCCGAAGAAGAACAUGGUGGUAGAAGGAUGCAUCGUCAUCGUCCAUUGCAGCCGCAAGAAGAUGAGCAAGAAGAAGAUGUUGAAGCGCUUGAGAGAAGAAUUCAAGCGCGCUCUUUUACCUUGUGUUAGGGACCCGAAGUUGUGGAUGGUAAAAUGCGCGAUCGGUCGUGAGCGAGAAGCAGUUGUUUGCUUAAUGCAAAAGUAUAUUGAUAAACCUAAACUGAACAUCAAGUCUGUUGUUGCCCUAGACCACCUCAAAAACUUUAUAUACAUUGAAGCCGACAACGAAGCCCAUGUGAGGGAGGCUUGCAAAGGUCUGCGCAAUAUACUUGCCCUACAUAAGUUAAACCGUGUUCCGAUCGGAGAAAUGACUGACGUUCUUUCAGUUGAAAGCAAGGCAAUUGAUGUUUCUAGGGGUACAUGGGUCAGAAUGAAGAUGGGGACCUAUAAAGGAGACCUUGCCAAGGUUGUGGGUGUCGAUGAUGUGCGGCAGAGAGUCAGGGCAUCGGAGGGCCUUUGGCCAACACCCCCCGGGUGUGGUCUAUUUACUCCAAUCUGUUUUACAGGAAUCGAGGAAGAGAGAGAAGGAAGAUCGAAGGUUGAAGGAUCUAGAAGCGAAUAUUCUCCCGUGAGAUUAUUUGCACAAACAUUUGGUGCUUUCAUUGAGAGCACGAGUUAUACUCAACGCGUGCUCAAGGAAUCCGUUCCUCAUAUUUUCCAAUCCACCGAAGCCUUCCAAACAACCAUGGUUGGAAGCAAGCGCACGAGGAGUAAAACCGCCGCGAUGGCUCAAUCCGUGACGGCCCAAAGCCACUCCACCCACGAUCCCGCGAUCAACAUGGUGGCACCACCACCUCUCGCCACCGUGCCACCUACCGGACCCGCGACCGAAUCUAGCAACCUCCGUGGCACCGCCGCCGAACAUGGUGGAACCUCCCAUCAAGGUGGGCUCGUUACCACCACCGACUUAGGCCCGGUCUUGGAGCAACUUCAAGCGUUCCCUCCAUUGCCUCCACGCUCGACACACGCUCUCGCGUACACCUCCAGUGAAACCCUAGCCCGUGUGCAAUUGGGCUCCACACGCUUCUCUCCUCCCGAUCCACAAAGUCAAGCAGAUCUCAACCUGAGAGUUGACCAGCUAGCUCAGAGAGUGGACGACCAAAACGCUCUUAUGAGGCAGCUCCUUAAUCAAAUAAGCGUGGCUCAAAAUCUUGGCCUUGGACAACCAGGCGAAGUGAGAAGAAUAGACGAAACGCACCGGUGGGCAGCUCAACGGGCACCAAGCGGUCGAGCAGGAGCGAGCAGACAAGGGGAUGCACAACCACGUGAUCAGCUUGCCGACAUGUCGCGAGCAUCUGCAAGCCACACACAAAGCAACGUGCGAGAAAGGCUCGGCCCACGACUUGACGUCCGUGCUCGCCUGGGCCCGCAGGGGAAUGUACUUCAAAGGCUAGGCUCCCAGGGAGAUCAAACUGACAAUCGCCGCAAUGAGGAUCGUGAAGAGAGGCGCUCCGCUGCCCACUCGCAGAGAAAUAUUCACGAAAGGCUAGGCCCCAGGGAGGUCAACCCGGUAACCCUCGCAAUGAGGAUCGUGAAGAGAGGCACUCCAUUGCCCGCUCUCGGAGAACCAACUCUCGCCGUCAAGCUGCAGAAAAUCCCUCGCAAUCGCAGUCCACCAACACGCCUCCUAGGCAGCGCGGACGAGAGGACCGACCCUUGCAGACCAACGAGGAGGUCAAUCAGCGUCGCUCGAAUCGCAAAAGGCGCCAACGUGAUCGACCAGCACUGCGCGUGGAAGACGUUGAGAAGCUUGUGA